AUACUAAUAGACAUUGAGUUAAAGUUUGAGCUAUGAACACAAUAUAUAGAUUUGCCUGCCAAGGAAAUGUCUCCCUAAUCAAACGUUUUAUACCCAGUACGAGAACGUUUAAAAGUGAUUUAAAAAUUAAGUGGGUUAGACCCGAGAAAAUACCGUGCAUUGAUCCUAGAAAAAGUGGCGAUGUAGAGCCUGUAAUGUACCCAAAUUCAAAAAAAUUGCCACUUGAAUUUAAAGAUUCAGAUAUAGUUAGCAAUGUGGAGGAGUCGGUUUUAGAUAUGUUCUCAAUAGGAAAAAGCCGCCGACGCCUUACAUGUGAACUAACUAGAGAAAAUAUGAAAGACAGGGUUCGGAGGCAUAAAUAUGAUGAGAGUUCCCGAGAAACAAGGAUUGCAGACAUGACAGCAAGAAUUCGUUGUUUACAAGAUAGAAUGAAGGAAAAUCCGCAUGAUGGCAAAUGCCGGGCUUUACUUAAAGAAUUAAUUGAUAAACGUAAGAAAUUUUUGAAAUACCUUAGGAGAUGGGACUACAAAAGAUUUGAGUGGAUAUUAGAAAAAUUGAAUAUUGUAUAUAAACCACCACCAAAUCAUUUUCACUGGAUAACGAGGAAAGAAUCAUUGCAAAAACUAACUAAUAUAUAUUGUGAUGAGUUGAAAGCUAAAAGAUUGGCAGCCUAUGAAAACUUAUUAAAAGCAGAGCAAGAAGGCUUUCUAAAAAGAAAAAUUUCUAUUAUGGAACAAAUCAUGAAGGAUCAGAAAGAAUGUGGACUACCUGUUACAAUUAAAGAAGAAAAUUUGAAAAAUGUUCAAAGACAAUUAAAAAAUCUGUUUGAAAAAAAAUCUGUUUCUAAAGAAGCAUCUUUGUAAAAAUGAAUAUAAUAUAUAAGAUCUAUAUUAGCAUACAAAUAUGUGA